AACACACUAGCAAGCGGCAAGCGCGGCGCCGCGGCACCGCGCGGCCCUGUAGAGCUCGCAUUGGCGCGACGAAAUAACCUUACAAGCAUCGCUCGCUCGAAUAAAUCAUUGCUGCGGGCUCUCGCCAGCGUGCAAGCUGUGCUCUCCCCAUCCCCCAACCCUGCUGCUCCGCCAGCAGCGCGACGCGGCGCGGUGCUCCGCCAGCAGCGCGACGCCGCGCGCGAGGACAAAAGACGUGACGCCAACGCCGCCGCCGCGUUCAUAAAACGAAAUGAAGCGUUGGGAAAAGGCCGACAAUAGCGCCUGGGCCGCGCUCCAGGAGGACGCCGAGGGCCGCCUGCAGGCGCGGAGUGCCCAGCAAGAGACGAAAAAACGGAAGCGACAGCAAGCGCCCGGCGGCGUCGCGCGCGGACUCAUCAGGUAUGUGGCUCUGGUUGUCGAUGCUUCCGAGGCCGCGAAGGAGCCGGAUCCGCGGCCGUCGCGCUUAAAAACGGCCUGCGACGCGCUGGCGACGUUCUGCGGCGACCUGCUGGCGGCGAACCCCCUCGGGGCGUGCUGCGUCGUGGCGGCUCGCGACGGCGGCGCCAAAGUGGCAUCGGACCCGUCGUCCGCGCGGCGGUCCCACGCGGAUGCCUUGACAGCCAUCUCCAAGGCGCAGCCCAAGGGUCCUCUCUCACUAGCCGUGGCGUUGUCGCGCGCUCUCGAUGCAUUGUCAAGCGCCCCGGAACAUGCGCUGCGGGAGAUCGUGGUGGUCGCGUCGAAUCUGGCGACGCGCGACGCGGCACCGGGACUAGAUCCCGUGGCGGAUCGGUUGCUGCACUACGGCUGUCGCUUGCACGUGGCCCACUUGGCGGCGGAGCCGUACGUCGUGCGAAGGCUCGCGGAGCGGUCGGGCGGGACGUUUAGUGUAGCGCUGGAUAGAGGCCACCUCGACCGCAUCCUGGCCGAGCGCAUCCCGCCGCCGCCGCUCACGGCCAAGGACGCCGCAAAAUUUUCGGAGCGGCAGCCGCUCGUCGAGAUGGGCUUUCCAACUCUCAGAAAGGACCCGGCGCCCCAGUGCGCCGCCGCGGCCGUGUCGCUCGAUCGGCCGCCGGUCUGGGCCGCGACCACGUACACGUGCCCGCGCUGCGAGACGCGCGUCGCGGCGAUCCCGACGGAGUGCCCCGUCUGCGAUCUGCCCUUGGUGUCGGCGCCGCACCUCGCGCGGUCGCACCACCACUUGUUCCCCGUGCCCAUGUUCGUCGAGAAAAGUGGCGAGGGCGAGUGCUUCGGCUGCCGCGCGGCGCUCGCGGCGGAGGCGUACGCGUGCCCGCGGUGCUCGUCGGCGUUCUGCGCGGACUGCGACGAGUUCGUGCACACGGUGCUGCACAACUGCCCCGGGUGUUGUGGGGCGAGUGGUGGGGGGAGUUAAGUUUCGUGCCGGGU